UUUAGAGAGAUCCAUGUUUAGUUGAGGCAAUCUGCACAAAACGUUUGCCUUCAUAACACAUUUAAGCAGUUGCUCUUUCUUAGAAUUAUCAGUUACCAGCAAUGCCACAUUUUUAGAAUUACAUCUGUAACAAAUUAGGAUAUAUCGGAUGUAUUCAAUCAUGGUCCAGUUUCUCGUCUUCAUGUACAUGUACACAUAUACAGUGUUCCUUCAAUAUUUUAGAUGCAUCAUACUACAUUUUACUGUCAAACUAUCUGCUUGAUCUGAUUUGUUGACUGUGCAAUAUGUACACACUCACACUUAUCUUACAUUGUUCCUCUGAAAAGCAAUUUCCACCCUCAUGCUAAACAAGAAGUAAGUGAUCCACAAUGUUCAAGUAAUACAUUAUACCAGGCAUGAGUAGUAGGCAUGAUUGUAGGCCUACUCAUAUUUGAGACUCAGAAUAGUGUAGCUCAUCUGUGCCCCAUUAUCAAGUAACCCUUGGCCUCAAGGCACAUGUGUGGGAUGUAGAUAGUGGUGGAAACUGGGGAAUAAUAACAAUGGUAAUUUAUAGACUUCUAUAGCACAAAGUCUAUGACACAUAUGUAUUCAAACGUGCUUUCCCUGAAAACAUUAACAAUAAAUCGUAAUUAACACAAAUUAAUAAAACAAAAUGAAACAAUUUCAAAGUUAAUAUAAAGAUAUUACAACAGUCGACGACAUGACUCAAAAUCAAAGAAUCAACAAACAACCCCUCACAAAAUAAUUCCGACAAGCAAUGUGUAUGGAGGAACGGGGGCCAUGGUAACCCAAAGAGGAAAAAAAAAAUUGGUAAAAAAGAAAAUGUAAGGCAGUUUUCAGUAGCUAUUUCAUUUCUCUUUCUUCCGAAACUAAAACUCAAAAAAGCCCCCCCCCCCCAUUUGGUAUUCCCAGCAGAAACCCUAUCUAAGUUUACAAAUUUGGGGGGCCCCAAAAGAAAUGCCCCCUCCAAAAAUUUUGUUCUUGAUACGCCCUUGGAUGCAGAUGUACUACAUUACAUUCAAUGUUGCUCUGAUCGUGUAUCAUCACCAUGUAUAAAUAACUGCAGCUAAUCAACUGAAAAUGGACAACUUUCGACUCGGUAAAAUUCCUGUUCCUCGAGUUUGGAGAUGGCACAUACACCCCCUUGCAAAAACAAGUCACCCAGGUUUGUUAUUUGCUCCUAUACUCUCUACUUUCACAUCCUGAGGUUCGAGUUCAAGCGCUACAAUCCCUCAUACCCCUGGGAGUAUGCCUACAAUCCAUGCUACCCGUGGCCAGAUGGCACACCAAACUGCAACAACGUUUUUGUGUGCCAGAGGUCAUACAACAAGCACGAUGAUACCUUUGACGUCGGAGAUGUGACUGCCUCCUGGACAAAUGAUGCAACAAACUACUAUGUUGAAUAUAAACAUGACGAGAAGUACAUGUUUGGGUUCAAGCUGUACAAGGCCCCCUGGGAGUAUGCCUACAAUCCAUGCUACCCGUGGUCAGAUGGCACACCAAACUGCAAAAGCGUUAUUGUGUGCCAGAGGUCAUACAACAAGCACGAUGAAACCUUUGACGUCGGAGAUGUGACUGCCUCCUGGACAAAUGAUGCAACAAACUACUAUGUUGAAUAUAAACAUGGAGAGAAGACCUCUAUAUUUACACUGAAAUGUGAUGCAACAGCGAAGAUUCCCACACUGAGCUUCCUUUCUCAAAUUGAAAAUAAAUAUAAAUUCAUCCUGACUUCAGAGUGCUGCUGUCCUGGGACCUGCCAUACCCCUACCCCUACCCCUACCCCUCCAUCAAGAGGUUCUAUCAGUGUCGGUUCCGUUAUUUGUAUCGUAGCUGCUGUCCUGAUUGUAGUGUACCUGAUCGGGGGAAUGUUCUUGAUGAAGUUUGUAAAACACGCUGAAGGGUUGGAAGUAAUUCCAAAUAAAGACAUCUGGGUCAACCUACCAGGCUACAUCAAGGAUGGUUUCCUAUUUGUCGUCACUUGUGGCAAACACUCUGCAUGAUACAGUGAAAUAUAAACUAUUUGUUUUCGUCCAAGAUGUAGUUGGAAUGAUCCUGUUAUAGGACUCUCCCUCCAAAAUCCUUCACAGUGCAAGAAACCAAUGGCUGUUCUUAGUUGAACCUAUGCCGAGGACAACGCCAAACUGUACAUUUUUCAAAUCUGCAAAAUCCCCCAAUCUCCUGGUAAACUGGUAUUCAAAAGAUGCGGGAGAGUUGUGUGAAAGGAAAAUGAAAAUAGAUUUUCAGUUUGUUAUCACGUGUUAGCCAUUUCUGUUGAAUUAUAAGUUUGUGGACACAGAGAAAACCCACGUUUGAUUUCAUUUUUAACGUUCAGUAAUCAUCUGUUUCGAUUUUUUUACCACUAAUCAACGUAAAUGCUUGACUCUUUCUACCUAGUUCAUGGUGUGUUCUUAAAUUUGAGGUAUAAACAAUGUACACGAGUUUGAACACUAGACUUUGUACGAUGAAAUUAUGCGUGACUUUUUUGUAAAAUGGCAAUAGUUUAUUAUUUGCGACCUUCAUACAGUUUAAAUAUUUUAAUGUCAUAUUUCAAGUGUCUGUGUUGAUUCAUACAUGGACGUGGAAUCGAUGAGUCUAUUGCGUGCAAACUGUGCGUUUUCGUGUAUACUGGAUGAAUUGUUAUCACUUUUUGGCACUUGACUCAACUGUUGACAAACCUGGCAAUCGUGCAAGUCCAGCAAUUAAUUUCCAUUACCUGACUUAACUCAACUUUGCUCUGCCAGGAUUUUCAGUUGUAAUUUGCAUGUAUGAUAACGUUCAGUAAAAGGGUUACCAAACCAAUUAGAUAGAUGGAGACAUCACCGAUUAUCAUUGUAAUUUAAUUUGUCUGGAGUACAUUUGGAACGAACAGAUCGAGCAGAUAGAUUUAUGACGAUUUAAUCUGCUUCUACGUGUUAUUAAAAUGAAAUUUAAUUAAAUUGUGUUAACUAUAUAUGUAGAGUAUACUUUGCAGGCCCCUUUAGUCUCCACUUAUUACAUACGACAAUGUACAUUGUACUCAUAAUGAAAACAAUGCAUCAACACCUGUUAAUUUUAAUGAGAGGUAAUUGACCUAUCAAUGUUUUUUCCCCGGGAUCCUGUUUUUUUUUAAAUUCCUUUCAAUUUACAUACACAUAUACUUCGUGAAUGGACCAAAUUCUGUGUUAUUCUAUUUUUAAAGAAUAGAAUGACUUUCAAUCGUGUUUGCUUAAUUAUCUUUGACACGAGUUGAUUCUUAGCGACAAAUUUGAACCUCCAAAUAGUUUUGUAAAGUUCAAUUAAUUUAUGAGAUGAUCAAUAAAAGUUUUAUAUUGGAAGCUGAUUUUUGUUUAAAUAAAUGUCAAACAGACUGGUGGUUGCUAUGAAAAGAAAUUCAUU